GUGGCGGCCGUCGUCUUUGUCGUCUCGUACCUGCAAGUCGCCUGUUUCUCCUUUAUUGCUCAGCGUCAAGCCCUUCGCAUCCGUCGUCGCUUUUUCCGGGCUUUGCUCUCCCAGGACAUGACCUGGUUUGAUCAGCAAAACUCGGGCUCCCUCGCCGUCAUCAUCUCCCAAGACGUGCCCAAGAUUCAAGAAGCCAUGGGUGACAAGUUUGGUUCCUUCAUUCAGUUUGAGGGCAUGUUUCUCGGUGGCUUCAUCGUUGGCUUUAUCUACUCUUGGAAACUUGCCCUCGUGGUCUUCUCAAUGGUGCCGCUUAUUGGUGCCGGCGGUGCUGUGAUGAGUAAGUACAUUGGCGACGCUCAAGGCGGUGGCAACAAGUUUUACGGCCGCGCCGGUGCCAUUGCCGACGAGGUCAUUCGCAUGAUUCGCACCGUUAUUGCCUUUGACACCCAAGACCACGAAUGUGAACGCUACGAGAAGUCUCUUGAAGAUGCCGAGCGCUCGGGCCGCACGGCCGGUCUUGCCCAGGGCGGCGGUAUGGGCUUCACCUUUGGCGUCAUCUUCUUGGCCUAUGCACUCACCUUUUACUACGGUGGCCAGCUCAUCAACGACGGUGAACUCUCUGCGGGUGAUGUCAUCACCUGUUUCUUCUCCGUCAUCAUUGGCGCCAUGGCCCUGGGCCAGGCUGCCCCCAACAUCGCCACUAUGGCUGCCGGUCAGGCCGCCGCCUACAAGGUCUUUGAUAUCAUUGAACGCCAGUCUGCCAUUGACUCCCUUUCCGAUGAAGGCAUUGUGCCCACUACCCUCGAAGGUGCCAUCGAGUUCAAGGACAUUGAGUUUACCUACCCCACGCGACCCGAGGAGCAGAUCUUGCGUGGUCUCAACCUCAGCAUCAAGCCCCGCGAGACGAUUGCUCUUGUCGGCUCGAGCGGCUGCGGCAAGUCGACGACCAUGGCCCUCGUUGAACGCUUUUACGACCCCAGCAGCGGCUCCGUUUCCCUAGAUGGCAUCAACAUCAAGGACAUCAACGUCCAAUGGCUUCGCUCCCAGAUUGCCCUCGUUUCCCAGAUGCCCGUGCUUUUCCCCACCAGCAUCUUCGACAACAUUGCUCUUGGCGGUGAAAACGUCACGGAGGAGCAGGUCAUUGCUGCAGCCAAAAUGGCCAACGCCCACGACUUUAUUUCCCGCUUUCCCGAUGGCUAUGACACCAUGGUGGGCGACUCGGGCGCUCAGAUGAGCGGUGGCCAGCGCCAACGCAUUGUGAUUGCCCGUGCUCUUGUGAAGAACCCCAACAUUCUGCUGCUCGAUGAGGCCACCUCCGCCUUGGACAACGAGAGCGAGGGCAAGGUCAAAGAAGCCCUGGAUCGCGCCUCCAUGGACCGCACCACCAUUGUCAUUGCUCACCGUCUCUCGACUGUUUUCACCGCUGAUCGCAUCGCCGUCGUGCACCAAGGCAAGGUUGUCGAGAUUGGUGACCCGCAGUCUCUGCUGGAUAAGAAGGGGCGCUUUUACGAUAUGGUCUUUGAUCAGUACGGCCAAGGCAUGGAACGCGGUACUACCCUCACCCUCGACGCCCUUCAAGCUGCCAUCCCCACUGAUAACUCUUUCAAGGGUGCCGCUGGUGAUGAAGAUGAUCUCCCAGUGCGCAAGACCUCCCGUGGUGAAAUUGCCCUCGCCGCGGAUCUCAAGGAGGACCCGGACAAGGACGAUAAGGGGCCUGACGUGGACCGCAGCAUGGUUGGUUGGGUCCUGCAGUUGAACCGCCCCGAGUGGAAGUACAUUGCCAUCGGUGCCUUUGGUGCCUUUAUCGAGGGCGCUGUUUGGCCUGCCUAUGCCAUUUGUCUCUCAGAAGUCAUCACGGCCAUGCAAAACUCGGAUCUUGGCACCAUCAACGACUACGCGGCUGGCUUUGUGGGUAUUGCUGUUGCCGUCAUGGUGUGCGUCUUUUUGAAGUUCUACAUGCUUACGCGCUCAGGCGAAGCACUCACCCGCCGUCUCCGUUCCAAGACCUUCCGUGCCAUUGUCUCCAACGAGGCCUGGUGGUACGACAUGCCUGAGAAUGCGCGUGGUAUUCUGACUGCGCGCCUGUCCUCCGAUGCCUCGGCCGUGCGUGGCGUUCUUGGUGAUCGUGUGGGUUUGGCAAUGCAAAUCUUUGCCACCGUGGUUGGCUGUCUCAUCGUUUCUAUGAUCUAUUGCUGGCGCGUCGCUCUUGUGGUGCUGGCUGCCUCGCCCAUCAUCGGCGUCGGUGGUGCCCUGCAAUUCAAGCUCAUGUCCGGCUUUGCCGACACCAAGGCCUAUGAGCGCAGCGGCAAGUUUGCCUCCCAGGCCAUCGAGCAUGUUCGCGACGUCGCCGCUCUGGGUCGCCUGAAUGCCUUUGUGGAAGACUACUUUCGAACUCUGGCUGGACCGACCAAGGCCACCAAGCGCCAGGCACAGGUGCAAGGCCUCACCUUUGGCUUUACUGAGGCCUCCAUCUUUGCCGUCUGGGCUCUGACCUUCUGGUGGGGCGCGCAAGUCACCAAUGGCAACCACUGCACCUUUAACGAGAUGUUCAAGAGCCAGUUUGCCAUUCUCUUUAUGGGCAUCAUUGUUGGUCAAGCCUCGUCUCUCGCGCCCGACUUUGGCAAGGCCAUGGUGGGUGCCAAGCGCCUUUACACGCUCCUCAAGGAUCAUGAGGAGCGUCACCCAAAAGAGGAGGCUCGCCCUAGCGCUAAGAUUACCGGCCAGAUUGAGUUCAAGGACAUCAAGUUCAACUACCCCACCCGUCCGGACGCCCGAGUUCUCGAUGGCUUUUCCUUGUCUGUCAUUCCCGGGCAGACCGUGGCUUUGGUAGGCCCCUCUGGCUGCGGCAAGUCUACAGUAAUCGCCUUGACUGAGCAGUUUUACCGCCCCGACAGCGGUACCAUCACCCUUGACGGCAAGAACAUUCAGGACAUUGAUCCCAAGUGUGUGCGUGAGCACUUUGCCCUGGUUGCACAGCAGCCCGAGCUCUUUGCUCUGACCAUCGCCGAGAACAUUGCUUAUGGUCUUGAUCACACCCCCUCUCAAGAGGAUAUUGAGAGGGCUGCCAAAGCUGCCAAUGCCCAUGAUUUUAUUACUGAUUUUGAGGACGGCUACAACACCAUGGUGGGCGACAAGGGUGCCCAGCUCUCUGGUGGCCAGCGCCAACGCAUUGCCAUUGCUCGUGCUUUGAUCCGACAAGAUAACAUCAAAAUCUUGCUCUUGGAUGAGGCUAGUGCCGCCCUCGACACCCACAGCGAGCAGCUUGUGCACGAAGCCCUCGAAGGCGCUCGCAAGGGUCGUACUACACUCGUGGUUGCUCAUCGCCUUAGCACCAUUCAGAACGCAGAUCUGAUUGCCGUUUUGAACCAGGGCAAGGUGGCUGAACUGGGCUCGCACGAGGAGUUGAUGAAGCAGGGUGGUCUCUAUGCCGAGCUCGUCAAUUCUCAACAGUUUGUGUCCACUGACGAGAACGAAAACGGUGGCAACUCGAAUCCUCCAGGUAUGCUGCUCUGCUGCACCUCGACUCAAGGUCGAACACCCACGUUCUGAGGGCACUACCCAUGCAUGCAUUGCCCUCAUACUCUUGCGCGCGCGUGUGGUUUUGCAGCCUACACUGAAGUGACGGAUGAUUUGACGGUGGUGGAUUUGAGCUCUCAAGUCCCGGGCGAGGUGGAGCGCCGUGGCAGGUGAGCUGACUGACCUGGGGGAGCUGCUGCAGGCAGAGCCGUUGAGAGCUAUUGAGAGCUGGCAGCAUGUGCAGGGCAGCAACGGUGGCCAAUCGGCUGACUGGCCUUGAGACAUUGACGCGAUCGGCGUGGUGCCGGUUUCAAAUGUGUCUGUCUGUCUCCGUGUGUGUUGUGUGCGUCUCCAACCCAAUCAAACAUCUUUUCUCAUGUCGGCAUUCGUAUGUUUUUUUUCUGCUUCUUGCGUCUUUCGCUUCCUGCAGCAAGGAGUCUGUUGUCUAAAGAACCACACUGACCUUUAGAGACCCACCUAAAGGCCCAACUUUACAGGCUAUGUUGUAUGAGUUUGAAUGAACGAUUUCGCUUCGUUCUUUUUUUCUUUUCGGUUCUUGUUUUCUCUUUUUUUGCGUUUCUCGUGCUGAACAUACUUGAUUGCUUGUUGUUGCUGCUCGGACCGGCUUUUAUAUCUCUGAGCGACCGAGUUGAUGAAAUAUCUC